AAUCGGUUCCGGAAUCGAUCCUUCGCCCAGCUCUAUCUAGAAAGCUCUGUGGUAGCGGUGGCGGCAGCGGGUACUGUGGCGUCUUGGUGCAGGUUUUUGGAGACGGAAGCGGAGUAGCCUUCUAUCUCUUGUUUGUGCUGCUGCUGGUGGUAGUGGUGGCUGCUGCUGUUCUUUUCGCGGACUGCUUUUACUGCUUACUGAUUCCAGAAUUCUUGAAGAUCGUAGGGGCCCUCUGUGUGUGAUAGUGAUAGAGAGCCUCAUCAUCUGAUACUUACUUUACUUUUGAUACAAACACACUAAAAAAAUCUCCUCACUGUUGUCCAGAGAGCGCGAUGAUGAUCGACUUCAAGCUUCCACUUGCUGCUGUUUUGGCCCUGUCAGCCUACGUCACACUUGUGAGAAGCACAGUCUGUGAGACAGGCAACAACUACUGCAUGGACACCCUCUACGUCACAGACCGCUGUGACGGGACCAACUGUGCCUGUACAUCCGGUUACCAGGCCAUACUUACUGGAUGUGGAGAGAGCACAGAAAUCACCAACUUCGUAGACCCCUACAAACCGACCAUCAACGCAAACCAAUACAGCGGGGAAGUCUACUGGAAGUCAGGGGGGUCGGGCGGCUCGCUGGAUCUGUUCUGUGUAAGCAGCUACUCCGGCGUGGGGGCCGCCUACAAGUGGUUCAACGACUCAGGGGCGGAGAUAGACGGCGAGACUGCCCAGAAGUAUACUGCCAGAGUGACGGCGGACGACCCACUCGCCUACACGUGUCAAGUGAACCAUGCCGGGACUUACGUGUCCGACAAGAGCCAACCGUUUACCGUCACCGGAUACACCGACUCCGGAACCAUCAGCCAACCCCCCGCCAUCACCAACAUGCCCGCCCAGACGGUGGUAGGCGGCAAGAUUCCCGCCUUAACCUGUACCAACAUCCCCAAAGAGCCCGCAGGAACCGCGCUAGACAUUACGUGGAGUAAUAGCUACACAAGAACAGAGGUCACCGCAACAGCCACCUCGGCCCAAGUGGAGGGCGGGGGUGUCGUGGCGUGCACAAUCAAACCAGGGGACGGAUCUGCCAGAGGUAUAACCGUCACCACCAACACCAGUGAAGAGGUGGCCACCACCAUUGUGGCAUCAGACCUGGCCAAACCGUCUCUGACAGCGCCAGUCGGCCCCAGCGACAUGAUAGAGGGGACCCAGUACCAGCUCACCUGCACCUCCGCGUCUUACACCAAGGCCAUGACCUUUGAACUUCGGGGCGGCGCCAAGACCCUACAGAGCACGGACGGAAUGUUCAAGGUCGUCGCUACCUCCACGGCCACCUGGUCUCUGUACAGAUAUCUGGAGCCUCCACCUGGGUCACCGGGGCAGCGGCCAAGCUCACCUGCACACCAAACAAGGCCGAAAACAUCGCGGUCACCUACGCAUGGAAGAAAGCUGGCGUGGCGAUAACUGACGAGACAGGCCCCAUCCUCGUCGUGGCCACCCCACCUGCAGCCGGAACCCACACCUACACAUGUGACGUCACGCCAUUCGGGGGUACUAUGAAGUCAGGAGCCAUAACCAUCACAGUGCAAGCCAAACCCGCGACCCCAACUGUGAAUCCUAACGCCGCGACCUUGAACCUUGGAGGGAAAUACACUCUGACCUGUAGCUCGGCCUCGGCUGUGGACAGCGCCACCUACACCUGGAGCAAGGAUGGGGACGACCUCCGGGUCACUUCCGCUCGAUACGUGGUUCGAACCCCGGUGCCCGAGUGUCCGUGUCUCUGCUGGUGCUUGUGGUCACGUGUCUGUCUGGCCUGCUGGUCAGACUGUGAGCACAGGACUCGGUCAGGGGAGAAACCGGAUAUAUGACAUAACCGGGUAUAAGACAUAACCGGAUUCUGAGAAAACCAGAUCUACUGUCCAAACUUCCCUUUCGUUUGUUUCUGCAGAUAAUAAUCGAUACUUAUUGUUACAUGAUUUUAUUUUGGUAGAAUAUUCGAACACUUUGCCUUACGCAAGGAAAAUUUAAAAUUCGUAGAUUUUAUUUCACACUUGAAAUUGUCAGGCAGCGUGGUGGAAUCAGGCUCUCGUCCACUUUUGGUCAUAUUGAG